AUGCUUGAUGCAGUGGCAAAUAUGCUGUUUUUGGAAUCCCCUGCUGGCGUUGGUUUUUCCUACUCAAAGACUACAUCUGACUAUGAUAAAUUCGGAGAUAAGUCAACCGCUAAAGAUGCGUAUGUUUUCCUCAUCAAUUGGUUAGAGAGGUUUCCACACUACAAAACCCGUGAUUUUUACAUUACUGGAGAGAGCUAUGCUGGCCAUUAUGCGCCUCAGCUUGCAUACACUAUUUUGAUAGGGAAUGCUUGGAUUGAUGAUGUUACAGAUACAAAGGGGUUAUUUGAUUACUUAUGGACUCAUGCUUUGAACUCAGAUGAAACACAUGAGUUGAUUGAGAAGUACUGCGAUUUCAGUUCUAGAAACGAGUCAACAAAAUGUGCCAAUGCUAAAAGUUGGGCCUUAAUCGAGAAAGGAAACAUAGACUUCUAUAACAUCUAUGGUCCACAGUGUCAUGACACUUCUCUGAAAAAUGGAACCAUUGGUUCUGUGUAUGAUUUUGAUCCAUGUUCUGAUUACUACGUGAAAGCCUAUCUAAAUAGGCCAGAGGUCCAACUAGCUCUUCAUGCACAACUCACAAAUUGGAGCCAUUGCAGAGGUUAUAAGUGGAAGGACAGUCCAACUACAAUCAUACCUACCAUCAAGUAUCUCAUUGAUAGUGAAAUUAAAUUGUGGAUAUACAGUGGAGAUACUGAUGCAAGGGUGCCAGUCACAUCUUCAAGAUAUUCAAUCAACACCCUCAAGCUCCCUAUCCUGGAACCUUGGAGCCCUUGGUACGCUGGAACUGAGAUUGGAGGAUACAUGGUGAAAUACAAAGGAUUAACAUUUGUUACGGUGAGAGGAGCUGGACACUUAGUUCCAAGUUGGAAGCCGGUAAAAGCUUUGGUUUUGAUUCUUUCAUUCCUUAGCUGAAGUUUACCUCCUCUUUCAUUAAAACUUGUGUGAUGCAUUUUUCAGAUGAUUAUGAUUCCAUUUGCCACAACAAACUGUGGUUUUAUUUA